GCCCAGGAGGCGCGGGCGCGCAGCCAGCCCCGGCCGCGCCGGGGACCGAGGGGCGCAGGCGGGGCGGCCGCCGGCGGGACGAGGGCGCCGCGCGCUCGCCAUGGCGGGGAGGCGCUUCUCGCAGCUCCUGCGGACGCUCGUGUCCGCGCGCGCGGGCCACCGGUACGAGCCGCUGCGGCGGGCCGAGGGGGACAGCUCGGGCGGUGAACAAGGGGACCUGAAAGCCACUGAAAAGGAGAAAACAGUGGUAGCGCUGCCACCCAAGGAAGCCAGCAAAUACCACAGGGAGGAUUUGGCCGAGGCGUUUUACGUGGACUUACAGACUGGCCUGUCCGAGUUCUCAGUGACACAGCGCAGACUGGUCCAUGGCUGGAAUGAGUUUGUCGCUGACAACACUGAACCCGUGUGGAAGAAAUAUCUCGAUCAGUUUAAGAACCCCCUGAUUCUGCUGCUCCUGGCCUCUGCCUUGGUGAGCGUCCUCACGCAGGAGUACGAGGAUGCCGUCAGUAUCGCCAUGGCCGUGCUGAUCGUGGUCACCGUCGCCUUCAUCCAGGAGUACAGGUCGGAGAAAUCCCUAGAAGAGCUGACCAAGCUGGUUCCUCCCGAAUGCAACUGCAUGCGAGAAGGGAAACUCCAGCACCUGCUGGCACGCGACCUGGUCCCUGGGGACAUCGUCUCUCUCUCAACUGGAGACCGCGUCCCUGCAGACAUCCGUCUCACUGAGGUCACAGACCUGCUGGUGGAUGAGUCCAGUCUCACGGGGGAGGCCGAGCCGUGCAGUAAGACAGACAGCCCGCUGACGGGCGGGGGGGACCUCAGCACCCUGAGCAACAUCGUCUUCAUGGGGACCCUGGUGCAGUGCGGGAAGGCGCAGGGUGUGGUGAUCGGGACAGGGGAAAGGUCUCAGUUCGGAGAGGUGUUUAAGAUGAUGCAGGCUGAAGAGACGCCUAAAACUCCUCUGCAAAAAAGCAUGGACAGGCUGGGCAAGCAGCUGACGCUGUUCUCGUUUGGCAUAAUUGGCCUGAUCAUGUUCAUCGGCUGGCUGCAAGGGAAACAGCUCCUCAGCAUGUUCACGAUCGGGGUCAGCCUGGCGGUGGCUGCCAUUCCAGAGGGUCUGCCCAUUGUCGUCAUGGUUACGCUGGUCCUGGGAGUGCUGCGGAUGGCCAAGAAGCGGGUCAUUGUGAAGAAGUUACCGAUCGUGGAGACUCUAGGUUGCUGCAAUGUCAUCUGUUCUGAUAAGACGGGGACUCUGACUGCUAAUGAAAUGACUGUCACCCACCUUGUAACAUCUGAUGGAUUCCAUGCCGAGGUCAGCGGUGUUGGAUACAACGGCAAAGGGGCCGUCUGUCUUUUACCCUCGAAGGAAGUCAUUAAGGAGUUUUCCAACAUCUCAGUGGGGAAAUUAGUGGAGGCAGGCUGCGUGGCCAACAACACCAUUAUCAGGAAGAACGCCGUGCUGGGACAGCCCACGGAAGGCGCCCUGGUCGCCCUGGCAAUGAAGAUGGGCUUAAGCAAUAUUAAAGAUUCAUACGUGAGAAGAAAAGAGAUUCCAUUCAGUUCGGAGCAGAAGUGGAUGGCGGUAAAAUGCAGCCCCAAGAGCGAGGAGCGGGAAGACAUUUACUUCAUGAAGGGGGCCUUUGAGGAAGUGAUCCGUUACUGCACCAUGUACAACAACGGUGGCAUCCCCCUGCCACUGACGCCCCAGCAGAGGUCCCUCUGCCAGCAGGAGGAGAAGAAGAUGGGGUCGCUCGGCCUGCGGGUGCUGGCCCUGGCCUCUGGCUCGGAGCUGGGCUGUCUGACGUUUCUGGGUCUGGUUGGGAUCAUCGACCCUCCGAGGGCUGGCGUGAAGGAAGCGGUGCAGGUCCUGUCUGAAUCGGGCGUGUCUGUCAAAAUGAUAACGGGAGAUGCUCUGGAGACCGCCGUGGCCAUAGGAAGGAACAUCGGCUUGUGCAACGGGAAGCUGAAGGCCAUGUCUGGGGAAGAGGUGGACAGCAUGGAGCAGGGAGAGCUGGCCGACCAUGUUGGGAAGGUGUCUGUCUUCUUCAGGACCAGUCCAAAGCACAAACUCAAAAUCAUUAAGGCUUUGCAGGAGUCGGGGGCAAUCGUGGCCAUGACGGGGGAUGGAGUGAAUGACGCGGUCGCCCUGAAGUCGGCGGACAUCGGGAUUGCCAUGGGGCAGACGGGGACCGAUGUUAGCAAAGAGGCUGCCAACAUGAUCCUGGUGGAUGAUGACUUCUCAGCCAUUAUGAAUGCAGUGGAGGAAGGCAAGGGGAUUUUUCAUAACAUCAAAAAUUUCGUCCGAUUUCAGCUGAGCACGAGCAUCUCGGCCCUGAGCCUCAUCACGCUGUCCACUGUGUGCAAUCUGCCCAGUCCCCUUAACGCCAUGCAGAUCCUGUGGGUCAACAUCAUCAUGGACGGGCCGCCCGCACAGAGCUUGGGGGUAGAGCCGGUUGAUAAAGACACCCUCCGGCAGCCACCAAGGAAAGUCAAGGACACAAUCCUGAGCAGAGCCCUCAUCCUGAAAAUCCUCCUGUCGGCCGUGGUCAUCAUCAGCGGCACUCUCUUUAUUUUCUGGAAGGAGAUCCCCGAAGACAAGGCGAGCACCCCACGCACCACAACCAUGACCUUCACCUGCUUCGUGCUCUUCGACCUCUUCAACGCCCUGACCUGCCGCUCUCAGACCAAGCUGAUACUGGAGAUAGGCUUUCUGCGGAACCCCAUGUUCCUCUACUCGGUGCUCGGGUCCAUUCUGGGGCAGCUGGCUGUGAUUUACAUCCCGCCCCUGCAGAAGGUCUUCCAGACAGAGAACCUGGGAGCCCUCGAUUUGUUGCUUUUAACUGGAUUGGCGUCAUCUGUGUUCAUUUUAUCGGAGCUUCUCAAACUAUGUGAAAAAUUCUGUUCCAGAGCCACGAAAACCCAGCUCCACCACGAAGCCGUGUAGUGGCCCCGGCCACAAGACGUCCCCAAACAAUGUACGUUUUUAUGUGACUGUGGCCCUUCCCUAGCCCCUCUCAGAGGGAUGUUUUAAGGACAGUAGCGUUAGGUCACUCACAUGCUCUCGGGAAAACGCAGCGGCUCGGGCCCAAGCCUGCACCUGUCCCUCCUUUGCUGUCCCCCCCUGGGCUCUGGGACAGCCCAUGAGGAGCCGCACAGAGACACCUCGCUAUUUAUUAAAUCACAGUGGUUUUUAUUAACCAUGUCUGCCUAAGUAUUUGUGCCACAGCUCGAAGCAGUGCAUGCCACCCGUGAGAAUACGUGGGCUUCUGGUCACCUCUUGGCCUCACCCCGUCAUCCACAGACUGGGCUUGAGUAUUUUUGUUAUGUGCUAUGCCAGGGGCCCAAUUAUUACUUUGAUGGACUUAGUGUUUUUCCUAAAACUUAGCCAGUUUGGAAACCACAUGCCGUGCAGGAGGCCCACGGCUUUGCGUCCAGGACCGUGUAUGUGUCAGGGAGUCACACCCUGAACAGCCAGAGUUAAGGCCUCGUCUUCUGAGGAUGAACAGUAGGUGGCCUUCCCUCCAGCGCCAGGAACCGGAAUACUCCCUACCGUCCCCAAGACUAGUCUUAAAACACGCCUGCCCUUCCAUUCAAGAGACGGCAGAGCAGAGGGUCUCCCUCCCAUCCUUCUGUCUGCGGCCCAGAAGACACCACCCUGCAGAGCCAGAAAAGGAAUCGCACCUUUCAGAAAAUGAAGCCACAGCUGUCACUGCACCCCCCGCCCCCCGCCCGAGCCCCAGUUAUGAGAGUUUUCCAGAGAAGGCAAACCAACAGAAUGGAGAGAGGGGUGGGGGACAGGUUUGUUAAGGAACUGGCUCUUGUGAUCACUGGGGCUGGCAAGCUUGGAAUCUUUAGGGCAGGCUGAGCCUCAGGAGCGCUGCAGCUCAAGGCUGGGGCCAAAUUCCUUUCUUCUCAGGGGAUCUCAGGCUUUUCUCAGCUUCAGCUGAAUGGAUGAGACCCACCACCUUUGCAGGCAGUCUGCUUUAUUCAAAGCUACUGAUUUAAAUGGUAAUCCCAGCUAAAAGAUCUCUCACAGAAACAUCUAGACUGGGGUGUUUGGCCAAACAGCUGGGCACCAUGUCCUGGACAAGCCGACACAUGGAAGCCCCAGCCCCAGCCAAGUAGCUGUGAGAUUGGCUACCUGGGUGGUGACACCUGGGCCAGACCAGGGGGAGGAAGGUCAGAGUGGACCCCUGUAGCUCCCAGGCAGAGUCCAGUUUCCUCCAAAGUAAGAUGCCCAGGCUUGGGGGUGGGGUGGGGGAGGUCCCUAUGUUCCUCUUUGCCCCCACCCCCUCAAAGACUUAAAUGAGGAGAGACACAUGUGCCGUCCCUGCAGAAGAACAGGGGGCGGGUGGGCAGCCGGAGGAGACACCUUUGGGACAGGGGCGGUAUCCACACAGCCCUGCCAACCUUGGCCAACGCUGAGAGUCAAAGGCCCAAUCAUGCCCCACACACAGCUGGCUGCGGGCUUUGCUCUGAGGCAGGGGCACUUCCUGCCGCCCCUCUCCCUCCUCAGGGUUUGGCCCAAAGACUAUGCUGCCCCUUAAAAAGUAAUAAACAAAGGAACCAGGAUCUAUUGAUAUGCUUGCAACAAGCCUCAAGUUUGCCUAAACCCAUGUACUGUGGAAAAACUGGUGAUGGUCAAAUCCGUUCUACUCUUGUUGGCUUGUAGUAUUGUGCCAACGCCGACUGCCCGGUUGUGGUGACGAUCCUGCUAUGGCUAAGUCAGAGGUUUUCAUUAGGGGAAGUAGGGUAACAGGUACACAGGAACUCCGUACUAUUUCUGCAACUUCUAUGUCAAUCCAAAAUUAUUUCCAAAUAAAGUUUAUAAGGAAAGAAACUCAAAAACUGAACUUAAACAUGCCAGGCAAAUCUAAACGACAACACACACAGCAGAGAUGAUACUGUUAACCUCAAGCAAGAUUAAAAUCAAGGCCAAAGGCAUUAAGUGGGACAAAGAAGGGCAUUUAACCAGACAUAAUCGCCACUGAAUAUCGGAGAGCCCUGGGCAUGCACCGCAACAGCCAGAUGUACAGAACACAGUCUGGGGAAUAGGGGAAAACACACCGAAAAUUCACUGGGAGACUCUAACUGGCCACAUGGAAGGACACAGACUGAAUUCAAAAACCGUGUCCAGUGGAUCUCCCUAGUCACCGCUCAGUAAGACCAAAAAUGAGCAACAGAAUUUGUAGGAAAUACUUCAGCAAACCGGUAUUUCCCAACUCUUGGGUCCAAGUGGAGAUAAUAAAAGCUGUGGCCGAUCUAGAAGCUAAGCAUGAACACGCCCCUGGCAGAAUCCAGGCAGCACCGCUGAGCAGAGCAGAGCUCAGAACAGUAACAGCUCUUCACUCACUUACUUUUGUUCUCUUUUAUUUAGUAACUUAACCAACUUGAAGAUUUUGAGAAAGCAAAACAAGCAGGAGGAAAGUAUAAAGCAAAUUUAAUUUAAGAACAAUUCGUAGAAACACACAAAAUGAGGGAAAAAAAACUACCGAAGAUUUCAAAUGUUUUGUCAAUUCUACGUAAAUUAAUUUGAAGACUUAAAAUGGGAAAUUUACCAAGAAAAUGUAAAAAUCAUCAGAACUAAUCUCGGCAGAUUCAAAACAACCCCAAUGAUAAAAGAAACGGAAGUGGUUAUCAAGAGUCAACCCCGUCCUUGCCCACCAAGCCAAAAAGUACCAGAUAAAUUUUACUCACACUUUAAGGAAGGCCUUUCAUUUGCAUUUUCUAGGGCCUACAAAAGGGGAAGGUCCUAUAUUAUUUUUGUAAGGCCAGCACUACUUUAAAGCAUGACUUACAUAAAAUUUGACCAAACCCACCACAGAGCCACUCAUGUAUACACACUGCUGCACAAUUGCUAACCCUGGCCCGACAAAUGAACACAUGGAAGGAUGACAGGAAAACACAGAGGUGACUCAUGAAAAGGAAAAGUUCUGAGAUGACCUAAAAUUAAGUGACAUAGGGCCAGAGAAUAGGGGAGAAAGAGAAGGGAAGGUCAUCGGUCAAGAGCCAUGGGCUGUAGCCAACCAGAAGCUCCAUGUUCCUGGAUGACGUCAUUUCAACAAUCACCUAGAAGGUUCCCAGAGACACUGCAUCCCUCGUGUGCGCGAACAGUGUCGACCAUCAUCAACCAAUCCGUGAACUUCUCUGUGGACUGGUCACCUAGCCCCGGACUUACCCUGCUUGGCGUUCACUCACCUUCCUUAUCUGUAGCUGAUGUGAACUGAAAGAGCUUCCCUUCCUUGAGACCCCUUAUAAAUGUCCCAUUUCUUGAGUCUGGCAGACAAGUUAUUUCUGUUAACUGGCCUUGCUGUUGGUAAAGCAGAAACUGGCCCAAGUCUAAGUCCUUACGUGGCUGCAUCUAUAAAGGCUCAAUAAACCCUUUUAUUUCAGA